UUAUGAGUAUAAAUAGGAAGAUAGUGUCGUUGGACUAAUCACACCCGUCAUUCAAGUGAGUUUCAUAACCUUCUGCUCUGUUCCUGUUCUGUUCUAGUCAGAGCGAGUGAACCUCCUUUUCAUUUCUACUUGCACCCCCCCCCCCCACUCGCUCCAGCUUGAACAAUGGCGGAAACCUUUCUAUUUACAUCUGAAUCAGUGAACGAGGGUCACCCCGACAAGCUGUGCGACCAGAUCUCUGAUGCAGUGCUCGAUGCCUGUCUUGAACAGGAUCCUGACAGCAAGGUUGCCUGUGAGACUUGCACCAAGACUAACAUGGUCAUGGUCUUUGGAGAAAUAACAACCAAGGCCAAUGUAGACUAUGAGAAGAUCGUUCGUGACACAUGCCGCACCAUUGGAUUCAUCUCUGAUGAUGUUGGUCUUGAUGCCGACAAAUGCAAGGUCUUGGUUAACAUUGAGCAGCAGAGUCCUGAUAUUGCUCAGGGUGUUCACGGACACUUCACCAAGCGCCCGGAGGAGGUUGGUGCUGGUGACCAGGGUCACAUGUUUGGCUAUGCUACUGAUGAAACCCCUGAAUUGAUGCCUUUGACCCAUGUCCUUGCAACCAAACUUGGUUCUCGUCUUACCGAGGUUAGGAAGAAUGGUACCUGCGCUUGGUUGAGACCUGACGGCAAGACACAAGUUACCAUCGAGUACUACAAUGAGAACGGUGCUAUGGUUCCAGUUCGUGUCCACACUGUCCUCAUUUCUACUCAACACGACGAGACUGUCAGUAACGACCAGAUUGCUGCUGAUCUUAAGGAACAUGUUAUCAAGCCUGUUAUUCCCGAGAAGUACUUGGAUGAGAAGACAAUCUUCCACCUUAACCCUUCUGGACGCUUUGUCAUUGGUGGUCCCCAUGGUGAUGCCGGUCUCACCGGAAGAAAGAUUAUAAUUGAUACUUAUGGUGGCUGGGGUGCUCACGGUGGAGGUGCCUUCUCAGGAAAGGACCCAACCAAGGUUGACAGAAGUGGUGCCUAUGUUGUAAGGCAGGCAGCCAAGAGUAUAGUGGCCAACGGUCUUGCUCGCAGAUGCAUUGUUCAAGUUUCAUAUGCCAUUGGUGUGCCUGAACCUUUGUCGGUCUUUGUUGACAGUUAUGGAACUGGAAAGAUUCCUGACAGGGAGAUUCUUCAAAUUGUGAAGGAGAAUUUCGACUUCAGACCUGGAAUGAUCACCAUAAACUUGGACCUUAAGAGGGGUGGCAACAGCAGGUUUCUUAAGACAGCUGCUUAUGGACACUUUGGAAGGGAUGAUCCUGACUUCACAUGGGAAGUUGUGAAACCACUCAAGUGGGAGAAGCCUCAAGCUUAAGAAUUGUGUUGCGGAUUUAUAUUCGUCCCUUUGACGGUUGUCUUAUUAGGUGUGGAUGAAUAAUUUGCGUGUUUAGUUAAUUGUUGCUACUUUUGUUGUUUCGUCGUUUUACUUACAAUUUAAUUUUUGUAAUGGAAUGUUAUGUUAUUGUUACCUUGGUGCAAUAUUUUUAAGAAUUUUGUCACAUUUAUGUAUGUUAUUUUUUCUAA